GUUAGCCGAAAAUAAAAUAUGAAGACUAAUCCAAGUAAGAUGGAUAUGGAUCAGAUCAAUUUAGGUCCUACUGAAUGGUUUAAAAAAUUCACUAUAAUUUCCAAUGAAGAACUUGAGUUAUUAGAAACAUCCUCAGAUGGUGAAAUAAUAAUAAUGGAUUGGAAAUAUACAGAUAUAAUCAUAGAUGAUGGUAAUUAUACUGAAUAUAAUAAUGAUAAUAAUGAUAAUGAUGAUGAUGAUGAUGAUUAUUAUGUAUCUAACGAAUAUAGAAAAAAACUAAAAUCACAGUUUAAUUUGCGUAUGAUUCGCAUGGCUCCUCUAUUUGCUAGUCAACCACGACUCAAAAAAAUAUGCAAAGAUUGGGAUAACAGCUUUCUUCCUACAUGCUUUAAAACAUAUGUAUUCAAUAGAAAUGAAAAUGAUUCAGUUAGUGAAAUACAUGAAAAAGCAAAUGAUCUAAAGUACCUAAUUAAUCUCUGUGGAAGUAAUUUAACUAGUCUAGAUGUAACACAAUAUCCUAUUUCUCAAAUAAUGCCAAUUAUCAAUGCUAAUUGUCCAAAUCUUGUGGAACUUUCAUUAGCAUUCAAAGAAAUUAUGAGUCAAGAUUUUGAAAAUGUUUUUUCUAAUAUGUCUCACCUUACAACACUGUCGAUUGAAUGGCAAUGUAAAAAUACAACUCUACCAAUGACUUUAGCCAAGUCAUUAGAAAAAAUUGGUGGAACCUUGAAAAGUUUAAAUCUUUCAUGUACUUUGAAAGGAAAUGAUAUUUUCUCACCAGAUUCAUUGGCUUCAGUAUUUCCUCGACUAAGUGCUUUGAAAUAUUUAACAAUAAGUGGUUUUGGACUAAGUCAACUAUUACUCCAGUCGAUAGGUGAAAUGAAAAAUUUGAUUAAUCUAAGAUUAUACUCUUUGUGGCCGAAAAAUCAUCCAAUGUUUGAUACAAGAAUCAAUAUGUAUCCAAUUGGGAAUUUGAAAAAUCUCGAAAAGUUAUGGGUUGAUUGUGAUUAUAGUGUUAGAGAUGAAUUUUUGAUUAAUCUUUCUGAACAUUAA